AAUACAUUUACAGAAUUUUUAUUUCCAGGAGGAAUUGAAAAUUCAUGUUCAAAAUUUUAGUGGUAUGAAAGAUAAGAUUAACGAAUUGGAACAUGAAAACUAUCGUUAUCAAUAUCAGUGUAUUAAUCUUGAACGCGAGAAUCAAGAAGCAAAAAUAGAAGUAGAUAAGUUAAGAUGCGAUUCGGAAGAAUCCCGUAAAGAAUCAUCCACAAAACAACAACAAAUAGAUAUUUUACUUUCUGAAAAUAUCGAUUUAAAAAAACAAUUAAACACUUAUAAACUUGAUUUCGAUUUGAUAGAGCAAGAAAUGAAGAAAAUGGGUGUAAUUAAUUCGUCGAUUGAAAAAUUCAGAGGAGUAUUGUCAUCUAUGACAUCAGAAAACAUACAGUAUCGUCUGAAUCAAGAACGUUACUUAAAGUUGAUCGACGACUUGAAAAGAGGGAAUAAAUUUUUAAAAUGUAAAUUAUUUGAAUCAAAAUUAAAUAAAGACAAUCAGAGCGAAAAAUAUAAACAGAAAAUUUUACAGUUACAAAAUGAAAUCUGUAUUCAACAAGAUAAGAUUAAAAGACUAAAUACUAAAUUGUCUUGUGGAGAAAAUCUGAUUGGUAAGCAGAUACAAGUAAUAGAGAAUUUGAAAGAAAGACUUUUUUACAAUGAGCAUCACAUCGAAAAUUGUUGUUCUGAUCUUCAUGUUUCAAAAGAAACAAUUUAUGAUUUACGAGCUCAUAUUGAUUCUUUGAAAAUCACCUUGACGGAUAAAUUUGAAUAUAUAACGAAAUUAAAGAGUGAUAAUCUAAUCAUGAAGAAUGAAAAUAAAAUUUUAAAGGCAGAACUGGACUACUUAAAACACGAGUUAGCUCAAAAAAAGUGUCAGCUAAACGAAUCCCAGAAAAAAUAUGAUAAAUUAUCGCAAGAUUUGAACCAAUACUUACAUAAUUGUGAAAAACGUUUUGCAGCAGUGCAACAAAAUUUAGCAAAUGAAACUCAUAGUCCUAGCCUGGAAGGAAUAAAAAGUAACGAUGUGGAAAAGAAAUUGGCGAGUUUAGAGGAGAAUCUAUCAUCAAAAACCGCUGCACUAGCUGAAAUUCAAUCAAAGUUUAAUGCAUUAACAAGUAAAAACGAAAGUUCUGAACGCAUUUGCCAACGCCAGAAAGAUGAAAUAAUGCUUCUCGAAAAAAAACAUCAAGUUCUUCAGCAAAAAUUUCAAAAUUGUACCGAAAAGAAUGAAGAUUUAUUACGUCAGAACAAAUUACUUGAAGAGCAUAAUAACAAGUGUAUGGCAGAGUUAGAAGAUAUUGUAUUACAAUUAGAAGACAUGCAAUCAUCUUUGGUUGACCUAAGAACUGAAUGCGACACUAAGGCACAAUCAUUAGAUGCCGUAUCUAUAGAGCUCGAAAGAAUGAAGGCGAGCAAAUCCGAGGUAUGCGAGGAAUCCAAGUACGUACUGGAAUGGGUUCGCGUCUGGAUGAGGCAACAGAGACAAUCAACAACUGUUUUACAAAAUAAAUUGCACGAUAAACAAGAGCAACUAUUGCACCUUAGUAUUGAAAAGAAAAAUUUUACGACGGCCAUGAGACGACUGAAACGAGCAAAUAAAAUUCUAAUAAAAAGAUUAAAGUUAAUACAUAAACCAAUCUCCAGGCAAGCAGACACUAUGCUCCGUAUACAAUCUUCAGAUUCAGAAAAGGCAGCAAGAUAUAGGUUUAGUCAUAACAGUACUCGAAAUAAAUAUGCUUAUGAAAAUACGACUCAAAAACAAUCAAAAGCAGUUUGUUCGUGUUUUAAGAGGAAACGUUCAGAAGCAAAAUACCGCACAAUGGAUAAGAUCGUAACUAAAGGAGAUUAUAAUUGGUUUCCUAUUCUAGAAUAUUUAAUGAAAGAAAUACCACAAAGUUCUCAAGUCAACGAAAAUAUUUCAAUAGCAAAAGUAGUACACUAUGAUAUGACUGAUGGAGGAUAUCAAACGUCAAGCAGCAAAUAAUGUUUUCAAUGUUUUUUGUAUUGUUUAUAUAUGUACAUUUUAAAACCAAUUUUUUUUCAUAGAAAUGACGGAUGUUUUUACAUGCAAUCGCAUAAAUUUAAACACAGAGUUUUUACAAACUUAUAUUUGUAAUUAUAUUUUUACAAAUACAUUUAGCAUAGUUGUAAAGAAACCAUCGUGUUGUUUUCUUUAAUUUUCCGUUUCUCGUAGAUUUUAUGUACCCAUUCUUUUGCUAUGGCUACACUUUUAUAUUAUUUUAUACGUCAAAUUAUAUUUAGGAGUAGAUACUAAACGUAUAAGCUCCAAUUUUGUGAUGUAAAACGACCAUACCAUUUCAAGUAUUUUAUCGUAUUGACAAAAAUUGAACACCAUAUCACUUUCUGGUAAUUUCUACAAUAUUAAGAGGAAAUAUAUAAUUGAAGCUUUUUUAUAUAUUAUAAGUAAAUCAAAACUGACCAGAAGUAUAUGUAGACUCAAGCCUUUUUUAAAAAAUGUGAAAGUUUCAUUAGCUGAACGCCAGAAUUCGGAAAGGAAGAAUCGGUGUGUCAAAUGAAUCAAACCUAAUACCGAAGAUAUUCCUUUUGCAGAAUAAUUAUGAUCGCUAAAAAAUUAAUCCGUUCGAUUAACGUUUUUUAUUAUAACAAUGAAAUUAAAUAUAAUUAAAUGUUCGAAUCACUUAUUUAAAUGGAGACGAACGAACCUCAUAUUAUUAAAAAUCUUCCAAAUUAAAUUAAAAUAUAAAUCUUUGCUUUCAGAAUUGAAUAUAAUAUUAUCAGAAAGUCGUUUUUCUAGAAUAUAAAAGAAGUAAAUUAAAAAUUAUGUUACCAACUCAACUAUUACAAAAACAUAUAAAAGAAUAUUACCAAAUAUUGAUUGGACUACAUUUUUAUCUAGCAAAUUUUGUUUUAUGCAUUGCAUAUCUUCAAUUUUUAUGAAUUUCCAAGCACACAUAAUUGGUUCAAUCGUAUUAUCAUCGUAUUUUUGUAAUGAAGGAUGAUCAGAUGAUGGCCAAGGUCCACAAAUGUCAUCGUAAUUCGCGGCGUAAUAUACAUCGGGUUCAGAUGACGAUUUAUUAGGUAAAAAUAAUCGAUUUUUAACCAAAUUGAUUUCGGACAAAAAAUCUCUGUGUACAUUUAUUACGGUAUCGCUUGAUUCAAUCGACUCUUGGCUUAUAUCUUUGAUGACUUUUUUCAAACAAUUGCACUGGGCACUCGCCUUUUUCAUGAUUAAUAAAAACGAGAUAAAUUAUAUCACUCAUUGAUA